UUUCCUUUGGAUUGGGGAAAUGCUUAAAAACUCGUUUUGUGUAAUUCCUUAAUCAGUUUAAUUCUAGGAAUUGUGCGGCGUUACUGGGCGAGUCUAUCUGUAUGAUUUCUCUCAAUGUGUGGAAUAAUGCAUUUGCCGAGCAGAACGAGCUCUGUGUGGAUAUAUCUGCUGUUCGUGUUGCUGGAUUGUUACUGGGAAACGGUGUCUGGGCAGCUCUCUUACUCCGUCUCAGAAGAGGUGAAUCUGGGGACUGUUGUCGGAAAUAUCGCUAAAGAUCUCAACAUCAAUGUCCAGGAUUUGGAGUCCCGCAUGUUUCAGAUCGUUGCUGGAUCAAAGAGAAAAUAUUUCGAGGUAAAUCUAAAGACUGGCGCCCUGUACGUUAAUGAGAGAAUAGAUCGAGAGGAGCUCUGCGGCGAUGAAGCAAAAUGUAUUCUCAGUAUAGAGGCAGUAAUAAAUAACCCUUUAAAAUUGUACAGAAUUGAAGUUAUAGUUUUGGAUGUAAAUGAUAAUUCCCCGUCGUUUCUCAGCACAUCGCAGGUAUUCAACAUUACAGAGAACACGGCAGCAGGGGCCAGAUUUCCUCUGCAUCCUGCCGACGAUGCAGACGUCGGUAAAAAUACUGUAAAUAGCUACAAACUGAGCCAAAAUGAACACUUCUCUCUUGCAACACAUAAAGGAGAGAGUAUAUCACCCGAGUUACAGCUUCAGAAAGUUUUAGACAGAGAAAAACAGUCUGUGAUUCAACUCAUUCUGACUGCCAUCGACGGAGGAACUCCUGCUAAAUCUGGCAGCAUGACUAUAAUGGUGAAUGUGUUGGACAUUAAUGAUAAUCCUCCCGUUUUCAGUCAAACUCUGUAUAAAGCCAGUGUGUAUGAGAAUGUUAAGAUAGGUACAUCAAUAAUCACAUUAAAUGCUACUGAUUUAGAUGCAGGCCAAAAUGGACAAGUGUUAUACUUGUUUAAUAAAGUAGGUCGAGGGAAACAAAAUGAUCUGUUUGCUAUAGACGAAAAAACGGGCACUGUAACAAACAAAAAGACCCUCAACUUUGAGGAAAAUAGUGCUUUUGAAAUUCGAGUACAAGCCAGUGAUGGAGCCUCUUCUCCUCUCACCUCAAAUGCCAAAUUAUUGAUUGAAGUUUUAGACGUCAAUGACAAUGCCCCUGAAAUUUCUGUGACAUCACUGUUAAAUGCAGUGAAAGAGGAUGCGUCCAUUGGCACCGCCAUUGCACUUGUUUCAGUGUUUGAUAAAGACGGAGGUAAAAAUGGGAUGGUGAACUGUAAAAUCUCUAGUAACGUUCCUUUUAAAUUGGAGCCGAAUUACAAGAAUUACUAUUCGUUGGUGGUCAACGGUCCUCUUGACAGAGAGAGCUCAUCUGAAUACAACAUUAGCAUCACUGCUACUGAUGAGGGCAGCCCACCUCUCUCCAGCACGAGCGUUAUUAAUGUGCACGUGUCAGAUGUGAAUGAUAACAAACCUCUUUUCACAGAAAACAUAAUCAAUGUUUAUGUGAAAGAAAACAGUCCAGUAGGAGCAGUUUUAAAAACAGUUUCUGCAAUUGAUGCUGACAUCGAUCAGAAUGGUCAGGUGAGCUAUUCAUUUUUACAAA